AUGUGGUCGGCUCUUGAUUGUAACGGUGUUUUAUCUACGGUGAAGAGCGAACAACCUGAUGUCUUUCAAAUGAUGUGGAACAACGCAUUCUCGCUAGUCGAUCCAACUCCCCAAAUGGAUGAAAUGGUACUUCAAAAACAACUCAAUGCUUCUUCACUACUGCAUCACGCCUUAACAAUUCUCUCUAAACGCGUUACUCCUGAGUCGUCCGAACUCACGGCUCUACCUAGAUUGACUGACAAGGAGCCUGAUGGUGAUUCGCUGACAUCAUUCCGGAACCUCUCUUGUGAAAACAUCAACCAGACACCACCGCCACCAUGGCUUGCCUUUGCAUUCCUGCCCUCGGUUCAUGAUAAUCAAUUAACUCAGCAGCCGCCUAUAGAUCUUUCAAAAGAAAAGUCCCCCAAAUACAGUAAUUUUUCCAUACCUCAUCUAUUGGGUCAACUUCCAGACGAGAAUGCACGUCUAGCCAAGACUUGCUUCGAAUGUACCUUGUGCGGACGAAGCUACGUUACAAAGGCGGGUCUUCAACGGCAUCAAAAUCAAUGCUCCAGAGUGGACAGUGGGAGACUAACACCGCCUUCCCCUGGAAGUAUUGAUCCUGAUGAGCAAACUUCGUCACCAUCACCGUCUGCAUCAGCAACUUCACGGCAAUACACCUGUCACGUUUGUGCGAAGGUCUACUACUCUAUGUCAGCCUUGAAGAUGCAUAUUCGGACUCAUACUUUACCCUGCAAAUGCAACAUUUGCGGAAAGGCGUUUUCUCGUAUGUGGCUCCUUAACGGUCAUCUGCGGACGCAUACAGGUGAAAAACCAUUUGCCUGCAGGGUGUGUCAAAGAGCUUUCGCAGAUCGAUCAAAUCUGCGAGCGCACAUGCAGACCCAUUCAGAGGUGAAGCGAUAUCGCUGUGAGGAGUGCGGCAAGACCUUCUCGAGGAUGGGUCUUCUCACAAAACACACGCGUUCAGGAUGCUCCACACAGCCAUCUGCUGGUUCUCCACCACCACCGCCACCCCAACAAAUCGACUCCUCUCAGCUUCAAUGGAACCCAGCGUCAAUAUUCUCCUGA